ACAUAAGUAUAAUUCCCAUCACCGCGGCACUUGCAAAUUCCCAUUUGGGGUUAUUUGAGCGCAAUUCUUUACUUUGUCCAAUUCCAGUACUGCCAUUGAAGAAGGCUCGCAUUGAAAAUAAAAGAACUGGGUUAUUUGAAAAUGGCGAACAUUCCCAGACUGACAGCGGGAAGCAGUGCAGAGCAGGUGGAAUACUGCGAGGGGCUUAUCACUAAAAUACUUUCGAGGGUUUCAACAAGAGAUGUGCUGAAGAUGUGUACAGUGGUACAGAGAUGGCGCACAAUGAUUUUUGAGCCAUCUUUUGCAGACACCCAUUACAAGAAUUCUCAACCGGAAUCGAUCUUUUAUUUCCAUGAGUUCAACUCAGUCAGAGGAAUGAUGCGGGAAACCUUUCAAUUCCGCUCCUACAAUCCCAAAACGGGCGUCUCUGUUGAUGAGAAUGAAGCAUAUACCCUGGUGUUUGAUUUCCAAACCAAUUCGUGGCAUAAGGGUCCACCUCUACUGCGCUCUAUUGCUUCAUUAUCUUUUUAUCCUUCUUUAAAGAAUCCCCUAUUUUUGAACGGUAUCAUUUAUUUCAUUGCUAUAACCGAAAUUAAUGAUGUCGAGGCCUUGUUUAGAGAUGGCAGUGAUUCUUUUUUCAAGAUUAUAGGUUAUGAUGUUAAUCAAGACCAAUGGAGUUCUUCUAUUUUCAUUCCUGCCUCAGUAGGCUAUCCACAUUGCCUCAUUGAAUGGGAGGGAAAUCUAUUAGUUUGUGCAUCUGAUUCCACCUAUGAGGAAAACCAAUUUGUAUUGGCAUCAAGUUCCACCCAUGACAACUAUCGUGCAAUUGAGUACAGAUGGGAUGGAGGUGGGGGUGAUGGGCAUUUUGUGUUCUGGAAAUUGGAUACAGAGCAUAAUCUGUGGACACGAGAACAGGAAUUAGAUUUAUCACAUGAAAUUCACACUUUCUGGAAAGUAUCUGCAAGCAGUGGUGUAGUAUGGUUUACAUCUGGUUACAAUUCUGUCACAGUUUACCAUAUGGGGAACAGACAUUGGUCCACUCAUCGACUGGACAAUGCUCUUGCUUUGCGGCAGUGGAAGAAUAUGGAAUGUGUAUCUUUUGAGCCUACCCUUUUGUCAUUUUGAAACCCUUUUGUGAAAGUGGGAGUUGGAUUACAAUCUUGGUGCUGUUUGCAUUCAUGUAAAUUUGUGUGUAUGUAAGAGAGAAAUAAUCUGUAAAUUUGUGUGUAAGUGAGAGACACAAAUAAUCUGACCCGCAAAAUGCUUUUGGGUUUAGUUGAUGACGGUCUGAUUCAGUUGAGCAUAGAUAUAAGUACUGUCAAAGUGUAACAGAGGCAGCACCUCCAGGAUUUCUUCUUGUCUAUCUUUCUACCAUUCACAACUGUCAUGUUUUUGCCUGAGACAAUUUGCUAUAUCAUGUGUUUGUCCAUUACAACCAUUCAUUGGUUAAUGAAAUUCUUCUUAGUUCUGUAGCAUGAAUUUAGACUUAUGCAGACAAGACCAAAGCUCCUAUUUAAAAUUUCCAUAGAUUGAUGAUAAAGUUUAAUUCA